AUGUCAAAAGCUGUAUAUUCUAAAAUAUGGAUGAGUACAAAUAACUUCCACACAAGGAGAAGAUACGGAUGGUUUAAAGUUUGUUCUCGCUUUAGCCCAUGGGUAUACGUAUGGGCAGUUUAUGCCGUGUCUAUUGUCUUUCCUGUUUUUGACGAUGAGUAUAAGAAAUUCUUAACCUUUGGAAUAUGGAAAGAAAGUGAUGUUGGUUACAAAAAAAGUGCUCCUCAACCUUAUAAUUAA